AUGUCUUCGUCCCACCCCCACCAAGAUGAAGAUCCCCACCGCGGGGUCGACGAGAAUGAUGAAGAAGAGGAGGCAAUGCUCGACCCAAACGAUGCUGCCGAGGAAAUUGUUGACGAUGGGGACGCUGCUAUGGACUCUGGCUCGGAAGAUGGCGGGGAGGACGAGAUAAUGCAGGAAAUUCAUUUACAAAACGAUUCCGCCGCGCACUUCGACAAAUUUAAAGAUAGCAUUUUCACCAUUGCACAACACCCCAAAUUACAAAAUAUAGUGGCUGUUGGUGGAAGUGAAGGUGAAGAUGCUGGUGGUAUUGGUUAUAUCUUCGAUUCGACGCCUGAGCCUUCACCGGUGUUGCCAGCUUCAUAUCAAAGUAAUCCAAACGAAAGGGUGGAGAGAAAAGGGCUCGAGCCGAUAUUUACAUUAGAGGGACAUACGGAUUCGAUCAAUGCGCUUGCCUUCACAUUUCCUGCGGGCGAAUUUCUGGUUUCAGGGGGGCUAGAUGGGAAGCUAAGAGCAUAUGCUGAGCAGAAGGGAAACUGGUCGUUCCUGUCCGAGGCACAGGAAGUUGAAGAAAUUAAUUGGUUGGCGCCAUGUCCAAGUCCGACUUAUGCUAACACUGUAGCGCUUGGAGCAAACGAUGGCUCUGUUUGGGUUUAUACUAUCUCGUCAGAUCCUUCAGCGCCUCUGCAGAUUGUCCAAUCAUACUUUUUACAUACCGAAUCAUGUACAGCUGGAACUUGGUCUGCGGACGGCAAGCUUCUGGCGACUGUUAGCGAAGACGGCUCGCUUUAUGUAUGGGAUGUGUUCGGAGAAGCAUCCGCUGCAGGAUUGACUCAAGACAAUGGGCAGACUGUGGUUGGUCUCACAGCAUUAGAUCAGAGAUUUGCUGUCGAAGGAGGAUUAUUUAGUGUUGCAAUCGCACCGCAAGGAGCAUUCGUUGUUGUGGGUGGUGCGGGAGGAGCUAUCAAAGUAGUCGGACUGCCUCGGCUUACUUCUGGAAACGCCGCAUCUAGCUCGAAGGCGAAAGGAAAGGGAGGCAAGGCCGCUGGAAAUGCUUCCGCAUCAGCGGGACAAGCUGGCCAAAUUCUUGCUGAUAUUCAAGCACAAACCGAUGGAAUUGAGACUCUCUCGUUUGCUCCCCCGCCUCUUACUCUGCUCGCGGCGGGUAGUGUUGAUGGGUCAAUUGCUCUUUUCGACUCGGCGCAUCGCUGGGCAGUGAGAAGACAUAUCAAAGAAGCUCAUGAAGAACACUCUAUCGUGAAGGUCGACUUCGUGAAAAAUCAGCGGACAGGAGGCUGGCUCCUCACAAGUUGUGGUAUGGAUGGCGUUGUAAGGAGAUGGGAUACACGAGGUGGAACUGGUAUGGCAAAUUCGGGCUUUGUUGCUGAAUGGAAAGGCCAUAGAGGAGAUGGAGAGGGUGGUGGUGUUUUAGGAUUUGUUCAAGGAGAUGGCAAUAGAAUUAUCACCGCUGGUGAUGAUGGAAUUAGCUUGGUGUUUGAUUCACCUGUCGCUUGA